UCCUUUGCCCGUUUCAUCGCGUGUCUGUUUUGUAAAGUUCCAUGAUCCCGACUCGGCAGUUGUGGCCCAGCAUCUGACAAACACUGUAUUCGUUGACAGAGCCUUGAUAGUCGUACCCUAUGCUGAAGGAGUUAUUCCUGAUGAGACUAAGGCUUUGUCUCUCUUGGCACCAGCUAAUGCUGUGGCAGGUCUGCUGCCUGGAGGUGGACUCCUGCCCACUCCCAACCCACUUUCUCAGAUUGGUGCUGUUCCUUUAGCUGCUCUAGGAGCUCCUGCUCUUGAUCCUGCCCUAGCUGCUCUCGGGCUGCCAGGAGCAAACUUAAACUCUCAGUCUCUUGCAGCAGAUCAGCUACUGAAACUUAUGAGCACAGUGGAUCCAAAGUUGAACCAUGUAGCUGCAGGUCUUGUUUCACCAAGUCUGAAAUCAGAUACCUCCAGUAAAGAAAUAGAAGAAGCUAUGAAAAGAGUACGAGAAGCACAGUCACUAAUUUCUGCUGCUAUAGAGCCAGACAAAAAAGAUGAGAAACGAAGGCAUUCAAGGUCAAGGUCACGCUCAAGGAGGAGGAGGACACCUUCUUCAUCUAGACACAGACGGUCAAGAAGCAGAUCGAGGAGAAGGUCCCAUUCAAAAUCAAGAAGCAGGAGGCGAUCUAAAAGUCCACGGCGAAGAAGAUCUCAUUCCAGAGAGAGAAGCAGAAGGUCUAGGAGCACGUCCAAAACCAGGGAUAAAAAGAAGGAAGAGAAAGAGAAGAAACGUUCUAAAACUCCCCCCAAAAGCUACAGCACAACCAGACGAUCACGAAGCACAAGCAGAGAAAGGCGACGUAGAAGAAGCAGGAGUGGAUCACGGUCACCUAAAAAACCCAGAUCUCCUAAAAGGAAAAUGUCUCGGUCCCCAUCUCCAAGAAGGCAUAAAAAGGAAAAAAAGAAGGAUAAAGACAAGGAGAGAAGUAGGGACGAGAGGGAGCGGUCGACAAGCAAGAAAAAAAAAAGCAAAGACAAAGAGAAGGAUCGGGAACGAAAAUCCGAGAGUGACAAGGACGUGAAAGUCACAAGGGAUUAUGAUGAAGAAGAACAAGGAUACGACAGCGAGAAGGAGAAAAAGGAAGAAAAGAAAAUGGGAGAUUCUUCCUCCCCUAAAGGAAAGGAGUCGGGCGCUGAUAAGGGCAGCGGAGACUCAGCGCGGGAGUCCAAGGUGAACGGGGACGACCAUCACGAGGAGGACAUGGACAUGAGUGACUGACUGUCGCCUUCGCAGUGAGCACGGCUGCAGACGUGCAUCGGUGUCAUUCCUCUGUGAUUCUUUUAUGCUGUACUUGUUAAUCCUAAAUCUAGAUGUAUCCAGCUCUGAGCUAUACAUGGUUUGUAAAUCCCCCGAUUACUAACUCACCUCCAAAGCUUUCUAGGAAGGAAACAUCCUCGUCACGGCCGGAAGGGAUCGCGUAGCCAAUGCCCAUUUGGGUUUUUUUUUUUUUUUACUAACUUGGUGAUGAUGCUUCAAGCAAAAAAAAAAAAGUGAGAAAGCUGCAUGCACCUCCAGCAGGCAUGGACCGUGUGUCGUAUGAUCUCCCGUAGCCCAUCAGCUCACUCCCGGUAGCGUUUCUAGACCGUGGUUC